AUAGCUAUGUAAACAAAUGUUGUUUCUAAGCAGGUUUCGAGCACGAUUGAACCAGUUUUUAACCAGUAAUUCUAGAAGUCGUGGCAAUUGUGUUUUAAUAUCUGAAAAGUAAUCAUGGUUCGAAUUUCUGAAGAUCUAAUUCGUAAGAGAGCAGAACAUAAUAACUGCGAAAUAUCAACUUUAGAGGAAAUUUCGCUACAUCAACAAGAUAUUGAGCGUAUUGAAUAUUUGGACAAAUGGUGUCGUGAUUUGAAGAUUCUAUAUUUACAGAGUAACCUUAUACCCAAGAUAGAAAAUGUUACUCGUUUAAAGAAACUAGAAUACAUCAACUUAGCUCUAAAUAAUGUAGAGAGAAUUGAAAACUUAGAUGGUUGUGAAAGUUUGAAUAAAUUAGACUUGACUGUGAAUUUCAUUGGUGAAUUGACAAGUUUGGAAAGUCUCAAAAAUAAUUAUAAUCUUCGUGAAUUAUUUUUAACAGGAAAUCCAUGCACAGAAUAUGAAGGAUAUAAAGAUUAUGUUUUAGGUACUUUACCGCAAUUACAGUAUUUAGACGGAAGGGAAAUUGAAAAGUCAGAAAGAAUUAAAGCCUGUCAGAAUUAUUCUCUAAUUCGAACAAGAAUUGUUCAGCAACAGUUGGAGCAUAAAGUGAAACGAGAAAAACAAAAAAGGGAAGCGGCAGAGCGUGAAGAAAAACAGAACAAAAAUGAAGAACCAAAAAGUGAGAAAAAAGCUGGAUUUGACGGUCGUUGGUAUACAGACAUGAACAAAGCAGAAAAGGCCGAAAAAGACAAACAAGAUGACGAACAAAAUGAAGAGUUUUGGAAUGAGAAAGUUGAUUUUACUCCAGAAUCGCGAAUAGCAGUUCAUAAACAAGUUCAGAAAAAUAAGGAAAAGAACCAACCUCAAGAAGAAAAAGUAGAAAAGAUUCCAAGACGGUUAUUUUCAAGUGACGGCCGACCGUUAAAUGUUAAUGAAGCUAAGAUAGACUUUAGUCUGACUGAUGAUGACAAUAAUAAUAUUGUUUUAGAUUUAGCUAUAUUUAGACAUAUGGAUACUUCAUUAUUAGAUUGUGAUGUUCAGCCAAAUUAUGUGAAAAUUGUUGUUAAGGAUAAGAUAUUUCAGCUGUGUUUACCAGAAGAAGUUAAAGCAGAUUCUAGUUCUGCGAAACGUUCCCAAACAACCGGUCAUCUAGUCAUUUACAUGCCAAAGGCUGGUGAUGGCAUCAUUUCAACUUUACCAAAAACACCUGUUGAUGAUAGCUUUAAAAAAAAAGAAAAGAAGCCUCCGACAAAAACACAGGAUACAAAAAUUCGAAGAGAGGUUUUAGAAGUUGAUGCCAGCGUACAUAAGUGUGUGAAGAUUGGUGAUAUUGUUAAUGAUAAAAAAGCCACAGUGCCUCCUUUGGGGAGUAGACAAAUAACAAAAUCAAGUGAACGCAAAAACAGUGAAAACUUUAUUGAUGACCCUGAUGUUCCUCCGUUAAUGUGAAUAAAUUUUUACUUUAAUAAUUUUAUCAUCAGAUUCUGAUAUUCAAUUUAACUUUGGGACUGUUUACGGUGCAUUUUUAGAUUUCUACAAACUACAUGUAUAAUAUGUUAAAUCAAUAUAUC